AUGUUGCUGAAACAGUUGGCCCAGGCCGUUCAGCAAAUACGCUGCAUCUCAUCGGCCACGACGGCGGUAACCAGGCUGCAUCGCUCGGUUUAUUGCCGGCUAUAUCCCACUGUAGUGGUUCAGCCCGAUGGAUCCACGAUAAACAUCCGCUAUCACCAGCCUAGGAAGAUUAUCAAGCUUCCGCUGGACCUUAGCACUUUAUCCGAUGCGGAGCGCAGAUCUAGAUUGGAGGCCCGCAAGCCGCGCAAGAAGGUCAAGAUCAUGGAGGAAGUGGAGGACAACUUCAACGCCAAGAAGUACAUGAAGUACAUCAAGAAGAAGUAGUCGCAUUUUAUAAUUGUUAAAUAAAACACGGAAACCCGUUA